AGUGUACCAGGCUCAGUACUCUACAAGCCAAGAGAAACAUCCAAGCUACCUUGUCCACUAUGCCAGGCUGUUCAGAAUUUUACUUCAAUGUGGAUCAUGGGUACCUAGAAGGACUGGUCCGAGGCUUCAAAGGUGGAAUCUUGAAGAAUGCUGACUAUGUCAACUUAGCACAAUGUGAAACUCUGGAAGACCUGAAAUUACACCUACAGACUACAGACUAUGGAAAUUUCUUGGCUAAUGAAACUGGUCCCCUCACAGUAUCAAUCAUUGAUGACAAACUAAAAGCCAAACUACUCACAGAAUUCACAUACUUCAGAAACCAUGCGUUUGAGCCACUUUCCACAUUCCUAAACUAUAUUACGUAUAGCUAUAUGAUUGACAAUGUGAUUCUCCUCAUCACUGGCACAUUGCAUCAGCACCCGGUAGAAGAACUGGCUCUCAAGUGCCAUCCUUUGGGACGAUUUGAGCAGCUGGAAGCUGUUGGCAUUGCCCUAAACCCUGCAGAGCUGUUCAACGCAAUCUUGGUAGACACACCUUUAGCUGCUUUUUUCCAAGACUGCCUGUCUGAAAAUGACCUAGAUGAAAUAAACAUUGAAAUCAUGCGCAACAAACUGUACAAGUCUUACCUUGAGGCAUUCUAUACAUUCUGCAGAAAUCUAGGUGGUACUACAGCGGAUAUAAUGUGCCCCCUUUUAGAGUUUGAAGCAGACAGGCGUGCCUUCAUCAUCACAAUUAAUUCAUUUGGCACCGAACUAAGCAAAGAGGACAGGCAGAAGCUGUAUCCGAAAUGUGGGAAGCUGUAUCCAGAAGGCUUACUUCUGCUCGCCAAUGCAGAGGAUUAUGAGCAAGUCAAGGGCGUGGCGGACUACUAUGGUGAAUACAGAGCUUGCUUUGAAGGGGUUGGAGGUGGAACUGGUGAAAAAACCUUAGAAGAUGCUUUUUUUGAACAGGAGGUCAGAAUGAAUGUACUGGCAUUCAACAACCAGUUCCAUUUUGGAGUCUUUUAUGCCUAUGUGAAGCUGAAAGAGCAAGAGAGCAGAAAUAUUGUCUGGAUUGCUGAAUGCAUCUCCCAGAGGCACCGAACAAAAAUUAACAACUAUAUACCUAUUUUCUGAACUGGAUACUCAUGAUACAUAUGAACAGUAGUACCUACUUACUAAAUUGGCUUUUUAAAUCAAAUUUGUCAUGACAUUCAAAAAGAGGGGGAAAGGAGUUUGACCACCCAGGAAAGCCCAUUUUACAGUGGUCAAUCUGAUCAGUUGUUUGUGUGAAAUAGUUCAUACAGGGCCCAAACCGACAUGGCAACCAUCAGAGAUCUUCAUUAGUGAUGCACAACUCUGAUUUGCAUCAGGACCACCACGUAGGGAGUGGAGAGAAAGUUUUUCUUAAAAGUGCUAAUAACACCACUGGGUGUUAUUUCAGUUAGUAAAACCAUGAGGGAUUUGAAAGAUGAAUCCCCCUCUUCUAUUCUUGCAUGGCCCUGAUCUACAAUGGGCUACAUGUACCUGUAAUUUACCUUCUGAAGAUGACUUAAAAUCUGGGAAUCUCAUCUUUUUACAUCCUCAGAUAAUCAAACCAUUUUGCAAAUAUAUAAACACAAAGGUUUUGUGAUAACAGUAUGGAAAUCCUAACAUCCCCCCGUGAUAUCAUUUGGUCACCAUACAGUAGCAUCUGUCUUAAGUUGCA